AUGGCUUUCGGAGAUCGUAAUUUACUGUACGAAGAAAACGAAAAAGGCGAGCGUGUUGUUGUGAAAUCUAUAGAUUCAACACGCCGUGCGUACGUAAGAUUUACAAAUUGCACAUCACAACGAAUAAGUGUCGUUUGGAGAGAUUUCCAAGGUCUAAGACGGGACUACAUUCUUUUAAACCCCGGUAAACACUUCGACGUUGACACAUAUAUAACUCACCCUUGGGAAUUUACUGAUUAUAAAACGCAGGAGUCGUAUGUUGUGAACAAUAAGACGGUAUUUCGUGCCCCGCCUAGUAUCGCAAAUGUAAGACAUCGAUUCAACUGGAAUAUAACAGUGCCUCUUAGGACCUUGAGGUACACAACAUUGUUGUCUAUAGCAUCUAUUUUGCGUGAUGAGGACGCUGCUGAUGAGCUCCAGCUGCCGAGAGACCUGGCGACGGACCUACGCGCCCUCACCGCCCAGCUCCUCGGACCACCGGAGACCAAACAAGCUGACUGA